AUGACCAAUAAUAUUUACGGCCUUCAUCUCAAUGACAUACCCGCUCCAAAAAGAACUACAAUGUCAAUACUAGCUUGUGAGAUGCACAUUUUUUUUCGUUCAUACUUAUCGGUGUACGCAAAACUCCAAAUUCAUCGGUGUACGCAAAACUUCAAAUUUUCCUUCGAUGAAUAUUCUUCUUGGGUUUGUGAUGCUUCUUCUCCAAAUAUGGAGUCUUGGAAAAAGGGUUUUGACUGUUAUUUGUGGGAUGGGGUCGAUUGUGACAACAAGACGGGUCAAGAGUUGGAUAUAGGGUUCAAUGAUGCUCUCACGGGUUAUCUACCUGAUUUCAUGAAUUUGAGCUAUCCUCUACAGUUCUUAGAUCUCUCGUUCUCAGGUUUUUUUGGAGAAUGGCCGGACUUAGUCGCUAAUCUGAAGUCCUUGAAGUCCUCUUUGCUGGAGAUUAUUGAUUUGAGCAAUAACAACCUAUAUGGCACUGUUCCAAAUUCCACCUUUGAACUCCCAAACCUUACCCACCUUAUUCUUUCUUCAAAUAGCUUUUCUGGCACAAUUCUUGAAUCAAAUAGAUUCAGGGAAAAUCUCAUUGUGCUCGAUUUACAAAUGAAUAACUUCUCUAGCACCAUUCAUGAUUCAAUUACCAAGAGAAAUAUAUUGACAACUAUCAAUCUUAAUGGCAAUGGGUUUGAAGGUCCAAUACUGAAGUCUCUAGUUAAUUGUAGAAAACUGGAAGUGCUAAGUCUCAGAAGAAACAAGUUUGUUGGCAAAUUUCCGCAUUGGACAACAAUUCCCUUCCCAUUGUUGCGAGUUCUUGAUAUGUCAAACAAUAUUUUCUCUGGUACAUUGCCAAAAAAGUACUUCACAAAAUUUGAAGCAAUGAUGAAUGUGGAUGAUGUAGAUUUUCGUUUGAAUUACAUGAUAAAUACUGGAGCUUUUCAUAGAGAUUAUUAUGAUUCUUUGACUAUGGUAAUCAAAGGAUCGACCAUGGAAAUGGAAAAAAUCCUUACAAUCUUCUCAGCCGUUGACUUAUCAAGAAACAAGUUCGGGGGUGAAAUUCCUGAGGUCAUCGGUGCGGUAAAUUUGAUUCGAGGACUCAACUUAUCACACAACAGCCUCACAGGUUAUAUACCAAAGUCCCUUGGUAAUUUGACGGAGCUUGAAUGGUUAGACCUCUCACCAAACAAGCUCAUUAGGGUGAUCCCUCAACAACUCACGAACUUAAACUUUCUCGGAACUCUUAACCUUUCGCAGAAUCGCCUAACUGGGCCUAUACCUCGAGGCAAACAAUUUGAUGCAUUUCCUAAUGAUUCUUACAUCAACAACUCGGCAUUAGGUGGACCUCCAUUGUCGAAUACAUUUGGGAUCCCAAGGCAACAGCCACCACCGUUGACAUUUGAAGAAGAAUAUUCAGAGUCCGUGAGUGUAUUUUGUUGGGAAGUCAUAUUGCCAGGGUAUGGAUCUGGACUGGUAAUUGGACUUGUCGUGGGAUAUCUUAUGUUCUCUUUCGGAAAACCUCAAUGGCUUGUGAAGAUGGUUGAAGAUGUAGGAAACAGAAACGGAAAGAGGCUGAAAAGAAAUGCUCGGAGACAUGGAGGCAGAUGGAAUUAG